AUGGUCAGCGGUUGCUCUUUGCAGGAGUUCGCUGAACUUUUAGAGGCAUUAGUCAUGGACAACCGUAUAAAUGGUGAUGAUCAGCUGGAGCUCAAAAUUAAGGAAACGCUUGACGAGGUAAAUGGUGAAGUAGCUUCCGACGCUUCCCAGCCAAUAAAAGGUUUUCGCCUCAACAAUCCGCUCCUCUUGGAUAAUGCGCAAUCUUUAUCAACAGAGCUGCACAAACAUAUGCAAGAAUAUUUUAAAGAGUCUGAAAUUACGGACAUACAGCAUGAAUUGCAGCGGAACUAUAAUUUCAGAGACAAACUGCAACAAAUAUGCAACGUAAGAAAACUAACUGAUGCUGAGGUUCGACGGCUGGAAAACGUCAAUCAGGCAAUACACCUGCUAGAAGAGGAGCUCUCUAAGGAAAAACACAUCUCCAACCUUGUGGCUUCGAAGUGA